GCGGAGGAUUUCCCCGACUGCUGCAUCCUGAUCCUACAGGCUUCUGCCUGCAGCCUUCCACGCGUCCGGGAACGCCUCUAGUUUCUCUGGUUGUUGGAAGCACACACACAAAACCCUCCUAACGAAAAUUUGGUCACCAUCGGCCUGACCAAACCGGCGUGUUUUUCCACUCGUAAAAAUGAAAAGGGGGCAUCGAUGUGCUGCUGGACUAAAUUACUCUUGUCAGCCCCUGGCCGUGGGGCUUCUGCUCUGCUCUCUAGUGCUGCCAUUCCAGGAAAGCAGUGUCGGCAGCCUCUCUUUUGAGCUCUGUUACUGUAGCAUCCUUUCACACAAAGGAGAUACAUAGGAAUUUAAUGCAUUACAGCUCCAGAGUUUUAAUCAGGCAUGAAAUUCCUGUGCAGCUCUUGUUUACUCUUAAAAAAAGCAAACGGAACCUUCCAGAAGGUGCUGAAGUUGGAGGCACUAUUGGAAAUUUUGUAGUUAGGUAUUUCUUUUUGUUUCAGGUUAGAGUUCAGAAAAGACAAGUCAACUGCUCAUUUUAUUUCAAAAUUGGAGCUUGUCGCCAUGGAGACAGAUGUUCUCGGUUGCACAACAAACCAACAUUUAGCCAGACCAUCUUGAUUCAAAACAUCUAUCGUAACCCCCAAAACAGUGCACAGACGGCUGACGGCUCACACUGUGCUGUGAGCGAUGUUGAGAUGCAGGAACAUUACGAUGAGUUCUUUGAGGAGGUCUUCACAGAAAUGGAGGAGAAAUACGGCGAAGUUGAGGAGAUGAACGUUUGUGAUAACCUUGGAGAUCAUCUAGUUGGAAAUGUAUACGUAAAGUUCCGCCGUGAGGAGGAUGCAGAAAAGGCCGUGAUCGACCUGAACAAUCGCUGGUUCAACGGGCAGCCCAUCCAUGCCGAGCUCUCGCCUGUGACUGACUUCAGAGAGGCCUGCUGCCGUCAAUACGAGAUGGGAGAGUGUACACGAGGAGGUUUCUGCAACUUUAUGCAUUUGAAGCCCAUUUCUCGAGAGUUAAGGCGCGAGUUGUAUGGGCGGCGUCGUAAAAAGCAUAGAUCCAGGUCGAGGUCCCGUGAACGCCGGUCUAGAUCCAGAGAUCGCGGCCGCGGCGGCGGAGGAGGAGGCGGCCGUGAGCGUGACAGGAGGCGGUCAAGAGAUCGUGAACGAUCCGGUCGAUUCUGAGCCAUGCCAUUUUUACUGUAUGUCUGCUAGAAAGUGUUGUAGUUUGACCAAACAAGUUCAUAAUGACAUUUUUUUUAAAGAUGGGCUUCUGAAUAAAAAAUUUGUAGUGAUACAGUAUUCUUUGUGUAACUUGUUUCUUGUGGGGGGAGUCUUUUUAACUGUCAUUCCUCUAUCUUGACAAAUACCUGGAUUAAGUCUGCCUGAGGGAAAGGUGGUAAAUGUAUUGGAGGAGCGCCAGUUUUGGUUUGGGUUUUUUUUUUUUCUUUUACUCGGGUAUAAUUUGAACUGUUGAUGAAAAUGUGUGUGUAUAUAAUAUAAAAUAUUAUAUACAUAGUAAAAAUAAUAUACUGCUUAAGAAACAGUUACUCACAUAAGUUUCCCUUUUCUGCUAUGCUGUCUGCUUAUUUAGGUUAGUUUAGGCACAUUUAAGAGGAAGGCUGUGCGGAAUGCAUUUAUUUACUGAGUAGAAACGCUUAGUUACAAAAAUGUAUGUUUGUUUGUUACCAGAAGUCUGUGCUCUGUCUAUCAAUGUGACUGUGGCAUUUACAAUAAAUCCAAUUUCUUGGUGUAAAA